AGCAUUUGCCUCGCAUCGAUCAUGACGCUCAAGGUCUCGCAGGCCCUUGAGCAGCACGAGCAGCACAACAAUCCGUCCAUUCUUGCAGGGGUGGAGGGCUACCUCGACGACGAAGACUGGGAAGAAGCGCGCGUGAAGCCGCGCCGGCGAAGCUCGAGUGUGGAGGCCACGCUGAGCUCGUGCUUCUCCUCCCUGUCGACUGGCCUCCACAGUGUCCGAUUCGCCGUGACAACGCGCGCCAAGAACCUCUGCGCGCGAGACGCGUCUCGUCGAGGCAGCCAACUACGCAACUCCAUGGUGAAGAUAUCUUCGACCCAACCGGAGCGUUCGCUGGCGAGAUCGAAUUCCAUGCCAGCUCCCUACCACCGAUCCAGCGAGCCGGGCCUCGACCUCUUCGGCGACGCCGAGGACGACGCCGGGAAUCCCGCUAACAUUUGUCUGUCGAAGUCCCCGUCCCCCCCUCAGCGGCGGUCGUCGACACCUGGAGGUAGACUGUCGAGGCUGCUGUCGACGCGGUCCUGGACACAAGGCACCAAGUAG